UGCAUAAUUAAAAGAAUCACGGGCUGACAAGUUAGCCUGCAUAUGGGCUGUAAAAUACCUUCGGUACAAGGCCGCAAUACAUCCUCGAUCUUUAUCCGAUAUACAUAGGGCUGGUCUGUUGUGUCAAGAACACGGUCUACCGACUUCCCUAUGCUUCCAAUGCUAUUUCUAGUAUCCUGACUCAAUUAUUCGUCAUGUCUACAUAUUUCGAUCUCGAUAAUAUAAGCCAACCCAAAUCGAAGCGCCCGCGUUUAGACGAGGCACCGAUUUGUUCGUCGGGCUUCACUUUUACCGCAAACAAUACCCUCCCUGCGAUAGAGGCAUCAGAGUGGUCAAAUCUAGGUGGUCAUCUUGACACGGAGCCUACGGAUGUCUGUCACAAUGUCUCUACAGGGACCUUAGACCUUUUACCAAAUUUUGACAAUCCUUUAUCGCAACCAUUCGGGUCAUGGUCGCAGCAGCCUGGUACUUUCCUUGGGGCAGGAAAUGAGGCAUUUGCUUCUGCACAUAUAGAUUUUACGAUCAACCAACCCCCAUGUUUUACUCUGCCCAAUAUCCUAAGUUCAUAUACCCCGGAUGAGGACGAGAUGGUUUGCUUCGGGAUGGUCGACAACAUAACGGCAACCUAUGAGCAACGGAGUCAGGAAGCGCUUUCACCCUACUUCACGGUACAAUUGAAACCUUCGGCUCAUUUUACUUCAGACAUAUAUAAAUCCUUCUUAGGUCGCAUCCAGACCGAACAUUGCCAUAUGAUAGAAGGUCUUCUGGAAGAAAAAUCCCUAAAACUACACGUAAGGUGCACGCCCGCCCAAGGGCAGAGUACCAAGAAAAGGGGGCGGAGUAACAACGUACUAUAUUGUUCUCUAAGUAUUAUUAUAUACGGACCUCUUGGAUUAUUCGGCGACAUUGGUGAUUGGUUCCAGGACUACGGGGUUUACCUACAGGAUCCGGAAUCAUGUAACCUCGACGUACCAGAUACCAAAUACUAUAACCCGCACAGGAUGUCCUCGAGCGACUUUCAUUUGUGCCCGAUGGUCUCGGAGGUCAUAUCAGAAUCAUCUACUAUUGUACUACAAGAGCUCCCGGAACUUCCCGAUUAUUUAGAAAUACUAGGUAGCUACGCUGACUUAGAGGAAGCACCACAACCAUCCUCUAUUAAUACUGCCCUGAAGAGGCACCAGAAACAGGCCUUAACUUUUAUGUUAAAUAGGGAGAAGGGUUGGGGUUUCGGUCAUGAUUAUCCAGACAUUUGGGAGACCAUUUACAAGGAUCAUACAAGAAUAUUCUUCAAUACGGUUUCUCGAGCAUGCCAAUUCCAUGAGCCUGCGAGAUUUUCCGGUGGAAUCAUUGCAGAUCCCAUGGGACUCGGUAAGACACUAACGAUGAUAUCCUUGGUUGCUACAGAUAUAGAUUCGAAAGAGGACAUCGGCAUAUAUCAGGAAGAUACCGAAACAGGCAAGCAGGGUGUGGCAGCAACACUUGUAGUAAUCCCACCGCCAAUAUUGAAUACGUGGGAACAGCAAAUUCAGAAUCAUACUAUAGGGGGCACUAUGAUGUACCGACGACACCAUGGCAAAACACGGCUGGUCGGGAUAGAAGAGCUGAAUGGCGUCAGCUUUGUUCUUACUACUUACCAUACUGUUGCUGCUGAGUGGAAAGCAAACACAGGCACGCAGAAGUCCGUGCUCUUCUCUGUCCGUUGGAAGAGAAUAAUACUAGACGAAGCACAUUUUAUUCGCAAUGGAAAUUCUAACAUGGCUGGAGCUGUAUGCGCCCUCGAGUCUGUAUCACGAUGGGCAGUGACAGGUACACCCAUUCAAAAUCGCCUGAGUGACCUCGCAAGCCUCUUGAAGUUCGUCCGGGUUUAUCCUUACACGGACCCGAAGCAAUUCGAGGCCGAUAUAUCACGACCGUGGAAGUCUGGCGAAGAUGAAGAGGCUGUAAGGAGAUUGAAGCGACUUGCGGAAUGUCUGCUGCUAAGGAGACCAAAGGCUAUCAUCAAUCUUCCUCCUCGUAGAGAUCAGGUUUAUCCUGUUGAGUUUACGCCGGAAGAAAGACUUUCUUACGAGCGCCUGAGACAACAAACCAUAGCACACAUUGAAGAAGCACUCAGGUGCGGAACCGGAAUGUCUAUGUCGCAUGGCUAUAUCAACGCUCUGCAACAUAUAGAGUCGCUAAGACUUUUUAGCAAUCUCGGGCUCUUUUACGAAUCAAGACAUAAAAGGAGGUCACAUCAACCCAAUGGAGCAAGUGAGUGGAGCAAUACUGCACAGAGGGUUUUCGAUUCUCAGCGAGAUAUGUCGUCCAUUACCUGCUCGCAGUGUUCAUCGGCUCUGGGCCUAGCGGAUACUCUACUCGACGACACAACUUCUAAUGCAGAAGCAGCCCAGUACACUAGCUGCCUGAAGUUUAUCUGUAGCGAAUGUGUUGACAGGUUGCGUCGCCGUAGCCAGACUGCUUAUUGUGAUCAUAAUCCCCCGUGUGAUUCAGCUGCUGUGUCUACAAGUGGUGCUGCGUUAGAGGAGAUUGACAGCUCUGCCAGCCUUCAGCUCCGAAUGGCAGCUUUCAACCCCCCCUCGAAAAUAAAGGCUCUUUUAGAGGACAUCAGAGGUGUCGACUCGAAUGUUAAAUGCAUUGUAUUUUCGACUUGGAGACUGACACUUGAUCUGAUCAAAGCUGGCCUAGAUCGAGAAGGCAUCCAAAGUAUCCGUUUCGAUGGUAAAGUAUCACAGAAAGAUCGUCCAGCUGUGGUUGAAAGGUUUGAGUCGGAUCCUAACGUCCGCGUGAUGCUUCUCACAUUAUCUUGCGGAGCUGUUGGUCUUACUCUUACAGCGGCGUCGCGUGCUUAUUUGAUGGAACCCCACUGGAAUCCUACUCUAGAAGAACAAGCUCUUGCGCGAAUUCACCGACUAGGCCAAACUCGAGAAGUAACAACCGUCCGCUUCUGUGUCCGAGACUCUUUCGAAGAGGAAGUCGUGAAAAUCCAAGAAUCUAAGAAGCAACUGGCUGGCGUACUGCUUCCCCAUCAAGAUAACGGCGAUACGGAUAGUAGCCGUGGCGCUUUAGAGCGACUGCGGUCAUUGCUUUGAGGUUUCGCAACGAGACAUGGCAAACAGAACCCUACAAAAUGAGGUCGGUCAUGGUCCGAAUUGAAUAGGCAUACGAGGAAAUCU